CGCUACACGAACACUGAUAAUGUAUCAUCUACGUCGAUUGUUAAAAGACUGUUCUGUGUUUAUUGCAAAAAGUACGGACAUAUUCGUGAUGAGUGUUUAAAAUUAGCGUCAAAAACGAAAUUCGACAACGAAAAUACGCAAGCUGUAUCCUCGUGUUACGGGUGUGGUACCAAAGUUGUUACUCGGUCUCAGUGUACAAAGUGUAACGCAAGUUAUUACGCCUUCGACGCUGCACGGACCCGAUCAGUCACAUCCGAUUUACCUAUUGGUAAAGUAAAUACACAGCUGUCAAGUUCAGUGAACUCUAUUCAUCGCGACAGCUCGUUGCAUACAGCUUGCACUUCAAACACCGUAAAGUCGUCCAUUUAUAUUAAUAAUCGUAAACAAUGUUUUGUUGAUAAUGAAAAUAAUUAUUAUCCUACCGAUUUUAAGGCGAUUCUUCCUCCGCGCUUUUUCGGUACUGAUAACAAGGUUAGACUUCAAAAUUAUUCUAGACUUAAUCAUAAUAUAAACAAUAAUAUUAGUUCUAGGAAUAGGCCCCUGAUGCGUUACUCGAGUGGUACCGAACCAAAACAUAGUUAUUCCGAGGUACCAAGUGGCCGCGAUAGGGUGACCAUGAUGAACGAAAAUAGGGUGACCAUGAUGAACGAAAAUAGGGUGACCAUGGAAAACGUCGGACAUUUUUCGACAAUUAAUUCUAAUGUGAAAAGUGUUGCCCAGAGUAACUCUACUGAGCACCAGGUUAGGUUAAGACCAAUUUUAAGUGUUCAAAUGUUAGGUAUACGAGGUAAUGCUUUGUUGGAUACGGGAGCUAAGAGUAGCGUUGCCGGAGCGUUGCUUUAUGAAUUGCUGUUAAAGCAUAACCAUCCGUGUGAGGAAACCAGGCGUCGGGUGAGGCUUGCAGACGGUUCCGCGCGCACCCGCCGAGUUUUGCUCACUACUCUAGAAGUAAGGAUAAGUCCCGAAAGGAGAAUGGAGACAUCUUUAGGGUGGGGGGAGCCCCAACCCUUUACGCCGAGCACCACAUUGAUACCGGUGAUCAUCCGCCUAUAUCGGUACCGCCGUAUAGGCUCACUCCUGUGCUUCAACAGCGAGGAGAGGUUCUCGCAAUCGAUUUGUUCGGGCCACUGCCAGAAGGAGAGCAGGGGGAGCGAUGGGUACUCCUGGUAGAGGAUGUAGCUACAAGAUGGGUAGAACUCUACGCACUUGUUGAUGCCACCGCCGUGGCUUGCUCCCGAGUCCUACUGGAAGAGUAUUUCCUUCGUUAUGGCUUGCUUAUGCGUCUAGGGGUGUAACACGUAAGUUCAUGCCACGACGGGAUGGCCCGCAUCGCGUAGUAAAGAUAGUUAGUCCUACAACGUACUUCAUAGCAGACUUGUCAAACAAUGUCAUCGGCAAGUAUCACACCGCAGAUUUAACCCACUCUCCGUCAAAUUCAAGUACGGAUCCAAUUAUGCCAAAGAGGCAGAGAGGAAGGCCGCGUCUUCAGAC